UCCCAGGAGUUCAGAGCCCAGGAGAGGGAAGAAUCUGAGAAACACAGAACCGCCCCCAACUCUGGGUCAGAGAUGGCCAGCAGAGCCCAUUUGGGCUAUUACUUGGAGCUACUGAAGGAGGAGAAGCUGAAGGAGUUCCAGCUUCGGCUGCACAAUGAAGCACUCUUCCGGGGCUCUUCCGGGGCGAUGGCAAUUCCACCAGAGAAGAUGAGUGGCAUGGAGGUGGCCUCACAUCUGGUGGCUCGGUAUGGGGAGCAGCAGGCCUGGGACCUCACCCGCCACACCUGGAGGCUGAUGGGCCUGAGCUUGCCCUGUACCCAGGCCCAGGAAGAGGAGGCCUUGUUGUUAGGUGAGAGGACAAAGGGCCCCUCUGCCUGCUAUAGUCUGCUGGCCCUGUCUACUCCCCCCGGGGACUCCACCACCACCAAUGAACCCUCUCUUCCAGGUGAAGCUCUGGGCAGUGACUUGGGACCACCCCAUCAAAGGGGGGAUCCAGGCCCCAGACUAAUCUGGAGCUGGGGCACCCUUGCUGAGUCCCAGAGCCCCACCCCCUCUUCUAUUCAUGUGCAUUCCCAGGCCCCCUUGUGGUCCUCACAGUGCCUGGAAGGGGAAUGCUGGGAAAGCCAGCCCACCUCCACUGCUGUGCUGAGGUUCUGUCGCCCUGGGUCCCUGGGGCACCCCAAGGUCUCAGAAAAGAGAAGGAUUUCAAGAUGGCUUCCUGACGCAUCUGGACACCCAUUCGGAGAACACCUUUCCUCACUCCUCUACCAAGCUCUUCCAAGCUCCCCAGACCACGAGUCUCCAAGCCAGGAGUCACCAAAUGCCCCCACAUCCACAGCAGUGCUCCGGGACUGGCAAUCCCUACCUCAGCCCAACCUAGGGCCCAGAAAACAGGAGGCUCCAGGGACUGAGUGGCCUCUGGCUGAAACAUCUGGAAAUUGCUGCACAGGAAUGAGAGAAAGAUACCAGAGCCAGAGGAGAGAGAACUCCUGUUCCACACUGUCCGGGAAAAGUGAGGAUUUGCACCAAAAAUUCACACAGCUCAUACUUCUACAAACACCUCAGCCCAGAGGCCAUGAGUCCCUGGUCAGGGGAAGCUGGCAUCACGACAUGGUGGAGAAUCAAGGACGUUUGAUUGAGAUCGGAGACUUAUUUGGCCCAGUCCUGGGACCCCAAGAAGAACCUCGCGUAGUCAUACUGCACGGUGCUGCUGGAAUUGGGAAGUCAACACUAGCCAGGCAGGUGAAGAGGGCCUGGGAGGAAGGCCAACUGUACAGAGACUGCUUCCAGCACGUGUUCUACUUCAGCUGCAGGGAGCUGGCCCAGGCCAAAGUGCUCAGUCUCGCUGAGCUCAUCACAAAAGCCUGGGUGGCCCCUCUGUCUACGCUUGGAGAGAUCCUGUCUUGGCCAGAGUAUCUGCUCUUCAUCCUCGAUGGUGUGGAUGAGCCAAGAUGGGUCUUAGAGGAGCAGAGUGCUGAGUUCUGUCUGCACUGGAGCCAGCAGCAGCCGGUGCACGUGCUGCUGGGCAGUUUGCUGGGGAAAACCAUACUUCCCAAGGCUUCCUUGCUGAUCACCACUCGGACGACAGUUCUGCAGAAGCUCAUUCCUUCUCUGGAGCAGCCACGGUGGGUGGAGGUCCUGGGGUUCUCUGUGGAAUAUUUCUACAACUAUUUCACAGAUGAAAGCCAAGCAAUUAGAGCCUUUGGCUUGGUUGAGUCAAACAGAGCAGUCUGGACCCUGUGUCUCGUGCCCUUCGUGUCCUGGCUGGUCUGUUCUUCCCUGAAGCAGCAGAUGGAGCAGGGGGAAGAACUCACACUGACCUCCCAGACAGCCACGGGCCUCUGUCUGCGCCACCUCUCCCAGGCUCUCCCAGCUCAGCCCCUGGGGCCCCAGCUGAGGGGCGUCUGCUCCCUGGCUGCUGAGGGUGUCUGGCAAGGAAAGAGCCUUUUCAGCCCAGAUGACCUCAGGAAGCACGAGUUAGAUGAGGCCAUUAUCACCACUUUCUUGAAGAUGGGUGUUCUUCAAAAGCACCACACCUCUCCGAGCUGCAGCUUCACCCACCUGUGCUUCCAGGAGUUCUUUGCAGCAAUGUCCUGUGCCUUGGGGGAUACGGAGGAGAGAGGUGAACAUCCUAACUGCAUCGGAGUUGUGGAAAAGUUACAAGAAGCAUACAAAAGCCAUGACGUGUUUGGGGCACCAACCACACGUUUCCUAUUCGGCCUUCUAAGUGAGCAGGCGGGGAGAGAGAUGGAGAGCAUCUUCAACCGCCGGCCGUGCCUGGAGAGGAGGCGGGAGCUGCUGCAGUGGGCCGAGGCGGAGGCCCAGGGCCUGCAGGCCCCGCUGCAGCCACGCUCUCUGGAGGUGCUCCACUGUUUGUACGAGACUCAGGAUGAGGAGUUCCUGACACAGGCGAUGGCCCAUUUCCAAGGGAUGAGUGUGUGUGUCCAAACGGACGUGGAGCUCCUGGUGUUCACUUUCUGCAUUAAAUUCUGCCACCACGUGAAGAGGCUUCAACUGAAUGAGGGUGGACAGCACAGACCCACGUGGAGGCCCCCUGGGGUAGUCCUCUUCACAUGGGCCCCAGUCACAGAUGCCAGUUGGCUGGUUCUCUUCUCCGUUCUUGAGGUUUCUGGAAGCCUGAAGGAGCUGGACCUAAGUGGAAACUCACUGAGCCGCUCGGCAGUGCACAGUCUUUGUGAGACCCUGAGUCGUCCGCGCUGCCACCUGGAGACCCUGUGUUCCUUUGAGGUAUCCAAAUGGACAUGCCAAGGAAGCAUCAAACAAGAGCUCCCAAAGGGCCAUAGCUAUAGCCUGGUCAGCUGUGGCCUCACGUCCAGCUGCUGCCAAGACCUGGCCUCUGUGCUCAGCACCAGCCCCAGCCUGGCGGAGCUCGACCUGCAGCAGAACGACCUGGGAGACCUUGGCGUGAGGCUGCUCUGCGAGGGGCUGCGGCAUCCCGCCUGCCAACUCACGUUCCUGAGAGUUCACUUCCCCGCAUCCGGCUCCUACUACUGGCCCAACACAGGCCUCCGCUUUGCGGUGAGAGGGGCAGUGACCAUCGAGAUUGAGUUCUGUUCCUGGAACCAGUUCCUGCAUGGGACCAUCCCACAGCACAGCUGGAUGGUGGCAGGGCCUCUGUUUGACAUCAAGGCUGAGCCGGGAUCCGUGGCAGCUGUGUACCUCCCUCACUUUGUGGACCUCCAAGGGGGCCAUGUGGACAUCUCCUUGUUCCAAGUGGCCCACUUUAAAGAGGAGGGGAUGCUCCUGGAGAAGCCAGCCAGAGUGGAGCCACAUUACACCAUCCUGGAAAACCCCAGCUUCUCCCCCAUGGGAGUUCUACUGAGAAUGGUCCAUGCCGCCCUGCGCUUCAUUCCCAUCACCUCCACAGUGUUGCUCUAUCAUCACCUCCAUCAUAAGGAAGUCACCUUCCACCUCUACCUGAUCCCCAGUGACUGCUCCAUUCGGAAGGCCAUCGAUGAUGAAGAAAAGAAGUUCCAGUUUGUGCAAAUACACAAGCCACCCCCGCUGACCUCACUGUAUAUGGGCUCUCGCUACACUGUGUCUGGCUCAGAAAAGCUGGAGAUAAUCCCUGAGGAACUGGAGCUCUGCUAUCGGAGCCCUGGAGAACCCCAGCUGUUCUCUGAGAUCUACAUCGGCCACUUGGGGUCGGGGAUCAGGCUGCAAAUGAGAGACAAGAAAGAUGGGACUGUGGUGUGGAAGGCCUUGGUGAAACCAGGAGAUCUCAGACCUGCAGCUACUCCAGCCUCUCCAGCCCCCAUAGCCUCACCUUCAUCCUCGGACACCCCAGCCUUGCUGCACUUCGUAGACCGGUAUCGAGAGCAGCUGGUGGCACGCGUGACAUCAGUGGACCCUGUCUUGGACAAGCUGCAUGGACAGGUGCUGAGCGAGGAGCAGUAUGAGGGGGUGCGGGCUGAGGCCACCAGGCCAGGCCAGAUGCGAAAGCUGUUCAGCUUCAGCCAGUCCUGGGACCAGGCCUGCAAAGAUAGACUCUACCAAGCCCUGAAAGAGACCCACCCUCACCUCAUCGUGGAGCUCUGGGAGAAGUGGGGUGGCAAAGCGGGGCUCCUAUCACUCAGAAGUUGA